GGCCCUGCAGCUACGUGGAGGGAGGUGCUUGAUGUUGAGAGCUUUUUUGAGGACGUCAUUGGGUGCCUCUGGGACAUAAUGAGCAGAGAGGAACUGCUACUCCUGCUGACUGAAGUCCUGAAGAGAAUUGAGACUAAGGCCGCUUUGUCCAGGGAAGACUCAGAUGCACUGCAUCAAUAUCUGAGUGAGCUGAAAACAGACUUGGCCGUGGAGCACCAAGUCACGCUCCAAAAAGACCAGCUGGACAGGAAGGGGUUUUUGAACAGGUUUCCUCGGGUAAAAUGGGAGCUAGAGGAGCUCAUAGGAAAGCUCCACGCACUCACAGACAAGGUUGACAAGGUCCACAGGGACCGCACCAUCUCCAAAAUUGUGGCCAACUCCACUGGCGCUGUGUCUGGUGUCCUGACCAUACUUGGCCUGGCUUUGGCACCCAUGACAGCGGGGGCGAGUCUGGCACUCUCGGCCACUGGAUUAGGGCUGGGAGCAGCAGCUGCUGUGACCAGUGUGUCCACCAGCAUCGUGGAACUCGUCAGCACAUUGUCAGCAAAACCCGAAGUCAGUCGCCUGAUGUCAACUGGGCUCCUGGAGGUACUUAAGAUCAGCCCCCAAACUGUUAGCACAACAAAGAAAUUCACAGAAGCCGUGCAACGCAUUGAAAUGAAUAUCCGUGCCAUGGAGACGGUCAAAAGCAACCCUGGCUUAGCAGUGGAUGCAAACGUCUUCAUCAGCAGUGGAAUAAUCUCAGUCCAAAGCAGCCAGCAGGAAGAGGUUACUUUCAAAAGCACGGCUCUGGCAAUGACCAAAGGAGCCCGGAUUGUGGGUGUGGCCACUGCAGGUGUCUGCCUUCUGAUGGAUGUGGCCUUCCUGGUGAAAGAGGCAAAGCACUUGUAUGAGGGGGCAAAGACGGAGUUGGCUGAAAGGCUGAGGCAGCUGGCCCGGGAGCUGGAGAAGAAGUUGGAGGUGCUCACCCGGAUCUAUGAGAGUCUGCAGUAGGGCCUGACUCAGCCACUCCCCAAGCUGUGCAGGGACCAGGGACACUUGCGGGGGCCAAGGCACGGAGGCACCUUGUUAGAGGGAAAAGGAGGGCGAGAUAACAUAGAUGUAGCUACGUGUUAGGAGUUUGGCAUUUCUGUAGCUGAGCACAGCAGGGGAGGG